CAGUGUCGGCGGCGUUUCGAUAACGUAGCCGCGGGGACGCAGUGUUCAUUAGCCAGUGAACGAAGUCAGUCGUAAAAUUGGGAGGCAACAAGGGAGACCUCAGCUGCCAGUUCAAAAAACGCAUGUGGUAUUUAGACAAUGAGGAUGGAUCCGACGGAUCUGAAUUUUGGCUCAGCUCUUUUCAAAAGGACCGCUCCGCAUUACCACUACUCCUCAUCAGACUUGUAAUAUUCCUGGCAUGUGUCGGGAUGUUGAUUGCAACUAUAGUUCUGUCCAUCAUUACUGAACAAAUAGAUGCUAGAUACUGGCCCAUAUACAUGACACAUUGGGGAAUUAUUACGUAUACAUUGUGUACAUUUUUUGGAUGCUGGGUAUCCAUCGCAGCCUUUACUGGAUCUAUUGAUUGUUCCUCCGGCCUGCCGUGGUAUGUGAAGGCAUACUGGUUUUGGUACAACGUGGCCUUACCGUUCGCUUUCUUCAUAACAGCGUUUUAUUAUACAUUUUUGUCAGCUAUAGUGCACACAUUCGCCUACAUCGACCCAAUCCUGGAUGUGGUGAUCCACGGCAUGAGCUCGAUCCUCAUGAUGAUCCUGCUCCUCACCGCCCGCCACCCCUCGCGCUUCUUGCACUUCUACCAGCCCUUCAGUAUCUCUCUAGUCUACUUGUUGUUCACCAUCAUCUACUACCUUGUUGGCGGGACCGACCCUAACGGAAACGUAUGGAUAUACCCCAACAUAGACUGGUCGAAGACCGGUCCUACCACGCGCAUGAUCAUCGGCUCAACAGUCGUGUUCCUGACUCUCCACUUCAUGGCCGUCUUGAUAUCCAUGGGCAGAGACUGGUUAAGCAACCGGUACAUCAGAAACGAGACCAAAAUGCAAGGCAUUCCUGAGUCGAGAAGCUUGAAGAGUGAAGCAUCUGGACAUAAAAUCGGAGCUGGAAGUGUCAGCAAAAAGGACAAGUGACUUUGGUGUGAAGCACAUCUUCAUAGGAUUCGUGGAGAUAUCGAAAGUUUUAUCUUUAGAUUUCUAAACUAUAAAACACACAGCUGGUUGUGUCAACGUGAGCGCUUUAAUAAACAUUCUGAUUUUCUCAGAUGAAUAA